AUGGGAAAUGAACAUAUCAGGCAGAACGUCAAGGUUGUGGAGGAGAAACUUAGUUCUGGAGGAAUGGAGCGGCUUCCAGCAGCUAUAGCCAACAGACAGAAGCACUACUUUGAGGCUACAGCAUGGCAACUACAGGAGAGCUGGCCAGGCCAGGCCCACUAUCUCCUCUGGGCCUACAGUUCAUCACACAAUGAUAACAUCACUUUUGAAGGAACAUGUGCACACUGUUUCCAGUGGCUCAUCUUGGAUAACUCUCAAGUAUACCUCAAACCCAAAUCCAAACUGCCACCCAAAAUACAGAAACUUCGGCGAGAGGCAAGAAAAUAUACACUCAGUUUUAAAGAAGCAAAAAUUGAGAAAAAAUACAAAGACCCCAAAAGUGUGUGGAUUACUUGUAAAACACGCAACAGAACAGUUAAAUAUCAUGGUGAAAGUAGAAGCUUUCUAUCCACACUGAAGAGCAGUCCUACCAUUCCUAUGACUAAACUUGGCCUGAAGACACCAGAAAGACUGAGUUCUACAAACAUAAAUCAUACGUGUGGUUCCAAAUGCAAGAGCCCAACCUUGAUAUUCAGGACACCGACAUCUCAACACUCAACACUCACUUGCUCCUCAAAGAGUGUGAGCAAAACUAAGAAACACAUCUCUCAAUUAAAAAUGUUGCUUAGCCAGAGUGAAUCCCAAAAGAAUUCAAAGGUGGACUUCAGAAAUUUCUUACUAUCUUUGUAA